GCUGCCGCAGUGCCACCACUGGGGACCCCACCCCGACGCCCAGCCCUCUCCCCUCGCAGCGCUUCGCGGCGGUGCAGCGCCACGUGGAGCUGCUGCUGGUGGCCGAUGCAGCCAUGGCACAGUUCCACGGCGCCGAGUUGCAGCCGUACCUCCUGACGGUGUUGGCUGCAGCUGCCAGGACCUUCCAGCACGGCAGCCUGGGUGCUGAGGUGCACCUGAAGGUGACGAGGCUCCUGGUUUUGGGACCCGGCGCCCCAGGGCCGCCCGUCACCUCCAACGCCGCCCAAACGCUGCGUGACUUUUGCCGGUGGCAGAAGGACCUCAAUGUCCCCGACGAGGACAGUCCCCUCCAUUUCGACGUCGCCGUCCUCUUCACCCGGCAGGACCUGUGUGGGGCGGCCACGUGCGACACGCUGGGGAUGGCUGACGUGGGCACCGCCUGCGACCCCGAGCGGAGCUGUGCCAUCGUGGAGGACGAUGGGCUGCAGUCGGCCUUCACAGUUGCACACGAGCUGGGCCACGUUCUCAACAUGCCGCACGACGACUCGCAGCGCUGCGUGGAGCUCAACGGCCCCGCCGGCUCCUCGCGCCGCGUGAUGGCGCCGGUGCUGGGUUCGGUGCCGCCGGGCGAGAUGUGGUCCCCGUGCAGCGCCCGCUUCCUCACCGACUUCCUGGACGACGGCCACGGUCGCUGCCUUUCGGACAAACCCACCGAGUGGCUCCGGCUGCCGGCGGCGCUGCCCGGCGCGGCGUAUCCGGCGGAUCGGCAAUGCCAGCUGGCGUUCGGCCCCGAGUCGCGGCACUGCGGGGACGUGCGGCCGCCCUGCGCCGCUCUGUGGUGCAGCGGCCUCGUCGGAGGGAGAGCGGUUUGCCAAAGCAAGCAUUUCCCGUGGGCUGACGGCACGCCGUGCGCGCCGGGACGGGCGUGCGCCAGCGGGGAGUGCGUGGACGCGGGCACCGCGGAGCGGCUGCGGAUCCCCGUGGACGGCGCCUGGGGGCCGUGGGCUCCGUGGAGCGCCUGUUCCCGCAGCUGCGGCGGCGGCGUCAGCUCCUCGCACCGCUUCUGCUCCCGGCCCGCGCCGCUCAACGGCGGCCGCUUCUGCCGCGGGGAGCGACUCCGCUUCCGCUCCUGCAAGGCGCAGGAUUGCCCCGGCCGCAGCGCCCCCGCCGCGUUCCGGGAGGAGCAAUGCGCGGCCUACAACCACCGCGUCGUUUCGGCGGCGCUGCCGGCGGUGGCCGAUUGGGAGCCUCGGUACGGCGGCGUGGCCGAGGAGGACCGCUGCAAACUGACGUGCCAGUCCCGCAGCCUGGGCGUUUACCACGUGCUGCGGCCGCGGGUCGCGGACGGGACGCCGUGCUCGGCGGAGGGCGGCGGCGUUUGCGUCAGGGGCCGCUGCGUCCCCACCGGCUGCGACCGCGUCAUCGGCUCCAAGAAGAAGUUCGACAAAUGCAUGCGGUGCGGCGGCGACGGCUCCGGCUGCACCAAGGUGUCCGGCUCCUUCGCCGCGCCCCGCUACGGCUACAACGACGUGAUCACCAUCCCGGCGGGCGCCACGCACCUCCUGGUCCGGCAGGGCUCCCCGCACGGCGCCCACGGCGACAGCGUCUACCUGGCGCUGCGGAAGCCCUCCGGCCAAGCUCUGCUCAACGGCGGCUUCGUCCUGGUGCCAUCAGAGCACACGGUGACGCUGCCGGGCGCCGCGACGCUGCGCUACAGCGGUGCCACGGCCGUCCCCGAGGUGCUGGCGGGCCGGGGGCCGCUGCUGGAGCCGCUGGUGCUGCAGGCUUUGGUGGUGGACGAGAAGCGGCCGCCCCGAUUGAAAUACAGCUUCUUCGUGCCCCGAAAAGCGGCAGCGGCGGCGUGGGAGAGACAGAAGGCGGAGAUUCUGGAGAUCCUGCGGCGGCGCCGGCCGUAGCCGCGCGUUUAUUGGGUUCGUCGUGUCUACCUCAGCCCCUGCCGGGGGGCUCGGCCCUGGGCUGGCCUCGGGGCGCCCCCACAACCCCCCCUCUGUGCGCCUCCUGGGGGGCGGGGGGUUAUUUAAAGCUAUUUAUGGUUCUCUGCUCUCUGCUCUGGGGUCAUUGCGCCCCCCCUGUGCGCAGUGGGGCUGAGCCGAUCG